AUGGCUUCUCAAGCGCCCUCGCAGAACGGAGAUUCACUCCAGAGUAAUGGUGUUUCCGCCCAUUCCACCUCUGUCGACAACACGCCACCAGUCCAGACACAAAUUACACUUGCCGGAAAGAUAAUUGCCAUUACGGGAGCAAAUCGUGGCAUUGGCCUAGGAAUCGCAGAAUGUUGUCUUGUCAACGGAGCCGCAGCCGUCUACUCGAUCGACCUGGCCGAGUCUGGCCCUGAAUUUGAACAACUCUCGAAGCGUUUUAACGGGAAGCUUUUCGCUGUGCAAGCUGAUGUCACGAAGGAGGAGACUGUAACACAAGCCAUCGAAGAAAUCGUUGCCCAGGCAGGGGCUUUGCACGGUAUGGUGAUCAACGCAGGACGGACGAAUCACAAGUCUGCGUUGGACUUCACUAAGGAGGAAAUCGAAGCACUCUUUGCCAUCAAUAUGUUUGGUGCCUUCUACAGCGCUCGAGCCGCUGCACGACAAUUCAUCAAGCAAAACACCAAAGGUGCUAUCGUCUUUACGGCAUCAAUGGCGUCUUAUCGACCCAAUAAGCGCGUUCCCUCAGCACCAUAUGGCGCUUCCAAGGCCGGCGUCCGCAACAUGACGCAUACAUUGGCCAUGGAAUGGGCAAAGUACGGUAUCAGAGUCAACAGCGUGUCUCCCGGACUGGUGAAGACGACGAUGACGUACUGGGUGCCUCAACAGCCGGACUGGGAACAGCAACUGAACUACUACGGCGGCAUGCCACGGUUGGCCGAGGUCCAGGAGUUAGGUGGUGCGUAUGUGUAUUUGCUCAGUGAUGCGGCAAGCUAUACUACGAGUAUUGACAUUCCUGUGAACGGAGUGAUUGGAAUUUGCUAG